AGGUUGAGAAGAAGCUGUUCUUCCAUUCCUCAGAAUGACUCUUUGCACGAUUCUGUUAACGGAGGAGAAAGAGCAAUCUCCCCCCUUCGGAUCAACGCCAAGGCAAGAUCGAUGAAAGUACAAGCCGAAGCCCAAUUGCAGCUACGCCUUUUCAUAAAGCGCUUACUCCAAGAAAUUAAACGGCAUCGGAGUCGUUGGCAGCAAGAGCAGCUAAGACAGCAUUGGCUUCCAUGUCCUUGUUCGCAGCCACCUAUGAGUGAACGGUCAAUUCAACUAGAGUUCUUGCAUACUCCAUUNAAU